AUGCCAAUGCCAGACUCAGAGGCUAAAGAUGAAGACUACUUCCUCCCGCUCCAAGACCAGCGCGUCUUCGGCGCGGGCAUCAAGCGCAAGAGAAUCAACUUCGUGCGGGCGUCGACCGCGGCGGACACGCCACCAUCCACUACGAGUAUUGUGACAACGGCAAACGCUAUCUCCUCGCGCUACCUCUCCAUCGUGCUUCCUCAAUCUGCAUCGCACACACAGCAGGACACUAAGUCAAAGGAACCGACGACGGCGCGGGGAGUCGAGUCUCCCGAACGAUGUCCCGUGUGCGCCGAACGUCUUGCCACGACUCCCUCGACCCACGAACACGAAUCCUCACUAGCCCACCAAGUCUGCCUCGAGCACGUGCGUCCCCCGUCCCACCUUCCUCGAUCCCACGUCGGACUCCGCUACAUGUCGUCCUACGGCUGGGACCCCGACGCGCGGAGGGGCCUCGGCGCCCGCGAAGAGGGCAUCACCGCGCCGAUCAAGGCCACGAGGAAGAACGAUACGGCGGGGUUGAGGGAGAGGGAUGAUCGCAAUGAUGAUGGAUCAGAGCACGCAUUAUCUGCCACUACGAACACGGCAAAGAAGAAACGCCUGAAAGGGAAGGAGACGCAGGAUUCCCCUGCGGCGGCGGUCAAGUCGGAUGCGAAACAGGUCCGCGUUAGGGAAGCGGAGGCGAGGAAGCGGGCGGAGAGGUUGAGGGCGAACUUCUACGGGCCGGAUCUGGAGAGAUAUCUUGGGCCAGAGGCGUCGACGGUUUAG